AUGCACCGUGCUUAUAUGCCACUCUCCUCCUGCUGUUCCGCCCCCUGCCUCCCUGCUCUUCCAGGUGCGAGGCAGCGAGGUGAUAUUGGGGGCGGAUUCGCACAUCAUCGUGUACGAGCAGGGGGGGGUGGUGUAGACUCCCACAUCAGUGUGUACGAGCAAGGUGGUGUGGCCACACUGGGGAGUGUGCAUCCGCGCACGGUGGUGAACAAGGCGGACGGCACCAUGGACCUCAAGAAGGUGGAGCUGGCCAUUUCUGCCCCCCGCCUUUCACCCCUCUCUCCCCCCUUCCUCAACCACUCUCCUGCUCUUCCGCUCCCUCCCUCCGUGAUGGCACAGGUUCGAGGCAGUGAGGUGAUUCUAGGGGCGGAUUCCCACAUCAGUGUGUAUGAGCAGGGUGGUGUGGCAACACUGGGCAGCGUGCAUCCGCGCACGGUGGUGAACAAGGCAGACGGCACCAUGGACCUCAAGAAGGUGGAGCUGGCUAUCAGGAAAGACGAUGAGCAUUACCCGGUCCUUGCCGUCAUUGACUAUGCGGUGCUCAACCUCGCAACACACAUGAGACACAUAAUACAUAAAUCUCAAGAUGGCAUGUGUCGUGACCUCACCCUCUGUUCCACCUUUGCGCUCUUCUUGCGCUUCCCUGCUUUCCCUCUCUCCUCACGUCGCAUCUUCCCUUCUCUGCUCUCUGCCUUCCUCCUUCCUUGUCCCAGGUGCGGUGGGCGGGCCAUAACAGUGGACUAUACAGAGCGACUGGCAGAGUUGGCGUCGUGGUACGGGCUCAAGUUUCACAUUGACGGAGCAAGAAUAUUCAACGCCGCUGUUGCCCUCAGAGUGCCAGUGGAUCGCCUAGUCCGCCCUGCACAUAGUGUUUCUGUGUGCCUAUCGAAAGGACUCGGAGCACCGGCAGGCAGUGUGAUUGUGGGCUCUAUGGAGUUCAUCGCCAAGGCUCGUCGCUUACGGAAAGCACUGGGCGGCAGCAUGCGGCAGGUGGGCGUGCUGGCAGCGGCAGGGCUGGUGGCGCUUCAGGAGUCGGUGCCUCGGCUCAUCAGGGACCACCAACGCGCCAUGCAGCUCGCAGAGGGGUUGGAUACAUUGGAUGGGCUGGCUGUGGAUGUGAGCACGGUGGACAGCAACAUUGUGACAAUGGAUGUGAAGGCCGAUUGCCCUAUAGGAGCUGAGGAGCUCUGCAAUGCUCUGCGGCAGGCUGGCGUUCUCACCACGCUGCGCAGCAACAACAAGAUCCGAAUGGUCACACAUUACCACAUCACAGCAGAAGACAUACGAUACACUCUCGCAUGCACACAGGUACAUUGUUGA